AUGAAUCCGAGGCACGACCAAACGCCAACGUCAUCGCCAUCGUCGGGUGCAUCGACUCCAGCCGGUGGCAGCAGUCUAUCCUCCUCGUGGAUCCUGCCCGCAACAGUAUCCCAUGCUGUAGGCGGCCUCAUGCGACGCUUCUCCAGCGAGCCGCAUAAGAUCAACGCAACUGAACAGCAAUACUCGUCAAACUUCUCCGCUUCAAAAGCCAACGGCAACGGCAACGAGGGGAUAGACGGCGUAUAUACUCCUCCCUACCGCAACGCCUCACCGUUCCAACCCCCGCCUCUAUAUCCUAUAUCAUUAUCGGGAUAUAAAGAGAGCACGUUAGAGUCAGCGCGGCUGCUAAGCAAGGAGCUGGCGGAAGAGAUCCGGUUGCUAGUCCCACCAAGGCUACAGUUAUGCGAGGAGUGGAAGCUCGUGUAUUCUCUUGAGGAGGAUGGGGUUAGCCUUGGGACGCUGUAUAGCAAAUGCGAUAAGUUAUCGGGACUAAGAAAUGGAUUUGUGUUAGUGGUUAAGGAUGCGGAUGGCGGUUUAUUCGGAGCAUACUUAACAGAGAGACCACACCCAUCUCCCCACUACUUUGGCACGGGCGAAUGCUUCCUCUGGCGCGCGUCCUUCCUGUCGCCAGCCUCAUUCUCCUCCGCACUAACACCUCCCCAAUCCGACGCUACAAGCCUCCAAAGCAGCAGCACGAUCGCCUCGAGUUCAUCAGCCUCCAUUCCCCCGGUAUCAAACACCCCCAACAGUCUUUUCCCUCCGCCACCAUCCCCACUUCUACCGACAGGUGCCUCGACACCUGAACGUAUCCGCUUCAAAGCCUUCCCCUACAGCGGCGUCAACGACUACUUGAUAUUCUGCGAGACAGGCUUCCUAAGCAUUGGUGGUGGAGAUGGACGUUAUGGGCUGUGGCUUGAUGAUAAUUUCGAGAAGGGAAUUAGUAGUUCUUGCCCGACGUUUGGCAACGAACCCUUGAGCGAGGAGGGAGAGAAAUUUGAGAUUGUUGGGGUGGAGUUGUGGAGUAUUGGGAACUGA